AUGAAGCUGCUUUCGCUCUCUACUGUUGGGCUGCUGGCCUUGACAGGCUUCUCAAUCGCUCAAGAGAACGCCAAUGUUCCAAUUCAAGACAAUGGAUUGACAAACAUUGUUCAAUGGGACGACCACAGCUACCUCAUCAAUGGCGAGCGAAUCUUUGUCUUCUCUGGAGAGUUCCACUACUGGCGACUACCCGUACCCGAACUCUGGCGCGACUUGCUAGAGAAGAUCAAAGCGGCCGGUUUCAAUGCCUUUAGCAUCUACAACAGCUGGGGCUACCACGAAGCUUCCCCGGGAGCCCUCGACUUCAAGAAUGGCGCGCACGACUUUGAGUCCAUAAUGACCCUUGCGAAAGAGCUCGGCCUCUACCUCUUGAUCCGUCCCGGCCCCUACGUAAAUGCCGAAGCCAACGCGGGAGGAUUUCCUCUUUGGGUUACGACCGGCGAGUACGGCAAGCUCCGAAAUGACGAUCCCAGAUUCACCAAGGCCUGGUCCAAGUACUGGACUGAGAUCUCCAAGGUUAUUGAGCCGCAUCUCAUCACCAAUGGCGGAAAUGUUGCUAUGUUCCAGAUCGAGAACGAGCUGGGUGGUCAAUGGAAGAACGACGAUAAGCGAAUCUUGAACGAGCCUGUUGCAAAUUACAUGCAACUUCUAAAAGACGCUGCGAGAGAUGCCGGCAUUGACGUACCUGUAUUCCACAACGCGCCCAACACUCGCACCUUUUCUUGGUCGAAUGACUUUGAAGCCAACGCAACCGGAAACGUCGAUGUUACCGGCGUAGACAGCUACCCUUCCUGCUGGAGCUGCAAUCUUGACGAAUGCACCGGAACGAACGGCGAAUACGUCCCUUACAACAUCCAGGACUAUGUCACAUACUUCUCCAAGCAGUCUCCAGCUCAACCUCACUUCUUGCCUGAGUUCCAGGGCGGAUCUUACAAUCCUUGGGGUGGUCCCGAGGGUGGCUGCCCAGGUGACAUUGGUACUGAUUUCGCCAACAUCUUCUACCGUGACUUGGUUGCUCAGCAAGCCACGGCGAUCUCGCUUUACAUGAUGUACGGUGGUACCAAUUGGGGUUGGUUCGCUUGCCCUGUGGUUGCUACCAGCUACGAUUACUCUUCCCCCAUCUCUGAGAACCGUGAGAUUUGGGACAAGUACUACGAGACCAAGUCGUUGACUCUGUUCACCCGUGUUGCGCACGACCUCACAAAGACCAACCGAGUCACCAACAGCACAUCUCUCUCAACCAAUGACGAUGUCUUGGUCACUGAACUUCGGCACGAGGACAAUGGUGCAGCCUUUUACGUAUCUCGACACGAUCACUCACCAUCAGGCACAAAGGAGACCUUCAAGAUCCGUGUCAACACUUCCGAGGGCAAAUUGACCAUUCCUCAAAAUGACCACAUCACUAUUAAUGGCCACCAGUCCAAGAUCAUCCCUACCGACUUUCACUUUGGCGAGAAGACUCUUCUCUACACCACUGCUGAGGUGCUCACAUACUCUGUAAUUGACAAGAAGGAAAUCAUUGUCCUUUGGCUUCCUGAGGGUGAGCAUGGAGAGUUCACUCUCAAGGGACAUACCGAGCUCAAGCAUGACAAGUCUCUCAACGGCAUCAAGGUCAAGGCAGGUAAGAAGAGUGUUACGGUCAACUACACGCAGAAGAAGGGCCUUUUCACUCUCAACAUGAAGGAUGGUUCGACUAUUGUCUUGGCUGAUCGUCAGACCGCUUACAAGUUCUGGGCGCCGACGCUUAAUAACGAUCCCUUUGCGCCCGUGAACAAGACCGUUUUGGUCCAUGGACCCUACCUCGUUCGCCAUGCCACCGUCAAGAAUGGCCAGCUCAACAUCGAAGGCGAUCUUGACAAGUCGACCGAAAUCACUGUCUUUGCUUCCGAGUCUCUCAAGUCUAUCUCUUGGAACGGCGAGAAGGUCAAGGUCUCUUCAAAGGAAGGCCACAAGUAUACUACCAAGCUCAAGGGUCCCUCUAAGGUUAAGCUCCCUAAACUUGAGUCGUGGAAAUACACCGAUAGUUUGCCUGAGAUCAAGUCCGACUACAAGACUUCUUCCUCGGCAUGGGUUGUGGCCGACAAGAAGAACACCACCAACGCGGUUCUUGUUCCUGAUUUGAAGAACCCCGUACUUUAUGUCGAUGAGUACAAUGUUCAUUACGGAAACCACAUUUACAGGGCCACAUUCCCCACGACCGACAAAGCCCCUACCGGUGUGUAUCUGAACCUCACUGGUGGCUUGGCCUUUGGCUACUCUGUCUGGUUGAACUCUGACUACGUCGGCUCGUACCUGGGUAAUGCUACUGUCGGAAGGUCAGGACAGGAAUUCUCUUUCAAGAACGCGACUUUGUCCAAGAAGGAGAACGUCCUUGUUGUUCUGAUGGACAACUCUGGUCACGACCUUCGUGGUGGUGCCCUUGACCCUCGAGGUAUCACCAAUGCCACUCUCAUCGGGUCUGCCAAGGGCGGAUACAAGUUUUCCGAGUGGAAGAUAGCUGGUCACGCUGGAAGCGUCGAGGGUGAAGUAAUUGAUCCAGUCAGAGGUCCCCUCAAUGAGGGUGGUCUUUAUGCUGAGCGCAUUGGUGCUCAUCUGCCCGGAUUCUCCGACAAGAAGUGGAAGUCUUUCUCAUCCAAGCAAGGAACCCUCGUCAACCCUUCUGCUGGGGUCCGGGCCUACAGAACCACUGUUGACCUCGACAUUCCCGAUGGUCUUGAUGUUGGAAUCUCAUUCAAGCUUACAGCUCCCUCCAACACGACCUUUUCAGCCACCAAGAAGGGCUACAGCAAUCGCGUUCGUGUUCUGCUGUUUGUCAAUGGGUACCAGUACGGUCGCUUCAACCCUUACAUUGGUAACCAGGUCUCAUUCCCUGUCCCCCCUGGUGUCCUGAACUAUAGCGGAGAGAACACUAUUGCUGUCACAGUUUGGAGCCAGAGCGCUGAAGGCGGUGAAGUCAAGGUUGAGUGGGAGGUUGACUAUGCGCAUAGCUCGAGCUUUGACGUCAAGUUUGACAGCGAGUAUCUUCGACCAGAAUGGACUGAGGAUAGACUGCAAUACGCAUGA